GAUAAUCUGAGUAACUUUCUGACUUGCAGCAUUUGCAAUUGAACAUUUGCUUACAGUAAGAAAAGUGACAGAGCCAAACACUUGCAGGUUUAAGGGUCUUUGCAGCUCCGAUCCAUAAUCAAACACGAUAAAGGAGGAGGGUUUUUUCAAGAGGAGGCUUCGUUAUCUCUUUCCAGAGAAGGAAAGAUGUUUGAUACUCUUGGACUCAUUUGCAUGAUUUGGUGGUGUAUGACACUAUUUCAUCCCUUGCAUGCUGACCUCCAGUGUACAGAGCCAGAGACACAAGAAUCACCUAUCACAAGCUUGACAUGGAAUUGGGGAAGAAUGGAGCUGUCCUGGGAGAGCAGCGAGAAUUUCCCUAGUUAUAUUUGUACGAUGACAAGGGGUGGUGAACAUAGAAGGAUUCAGGUGCAGAACAGAAAAUGCAGGUUUUCAAUAGAAGUUAGUCUACCUUUGCACAGAGGAAUAAACUUUACCAUUGGAGUACCAGACAUGAACAUCUUAAAACAUUGUCAAUUUAUCCCUGAAGGUAUGAAUGGGUCAGCCAUUGAAAACUUCUCCUGUGUGAUUUAUAAUGUUUCUCUCAUGAACUGCACUUGGCAGGCAGGCAGGAAUGCUCCAGGAGAUACCCAGUAUUUUCUCUACUGGAAGAAUUCAAGUGAUGAGAACGAGACAGAAUGUGAGCUUUACAUUAAAGGUGAAAAUGGCAUGCACACAGGAUGCAGAUUCCAAAAUGUGAUGAUUAAAGACAAAACUGCUUACUUCAUGGUGAAUGGGUCUAGCAAAGAUUCCCAGAUCCAGUUCUAUGAUGACUACAUAAAAUUGUAUACAAUUGAAAGAUUCACUCCUCCAUUAAAUGUCAGUGUCAACUGUACUAGCAAUCCAGCAGGUUGCAUAAUUACAUGGCAAAAACCCCAUACAAGUUAUUGGAAAGAUGAAAAUUGCUUUGAGUAUGAAAUCAACAUACAAAAUAAGGAUGAGCCUGAAAAAGAUAAAAAAGAUCCUCCUGUAAUAGUAGAUGAAUAUAAAUACGAAUUCAAAAAUUAUAAUGUGAAAAAACAAUACAUUCUGAAAAUCAGAGCACGUGGAACAAACGUAUGUAUUGUAAACAGAAGCUGGGGGGAAUGGAGUGAACCAAUAGAGUUUGGUCAAGAAAAAGAUUACUUCAUUGUUGUGCUUUUACUUCUGAUAGUACUUGGAACAAUCUUAGUGACACUGCUCCUUUUUUUUCUUUGCAAAAGGUAUUGCAGUUUCAAAAGAAUAUUUCCUCCUAUUCCACAACCAAUAGACAAAUUUAACACAUCGCAUGAUGAAAAUAUCCAGGUAUGCUUUCUCAUUUAUUUAGUCAAAUUUGCAUAUAUUUUUUUUAUUUUUGCUUAUUUGUUUAUUGCCUACAAUGUUUCAACAGACAACACCUUUUUCAAUAAAGCUUUGAGAAGUGAGAAGUUUUCAAACCUUUACAAAGGCUCCUCAAAGCUAUGGUUAUUGAAACUCCUGUUUUGGUAACUGUAUACCAACACAUUGCCCUGAAGAUGAUAGGUAUCAUCUUUGGCUUUAAUAUAAGGUAGAUAGCAAUGCAACUUGGAUGAGUUUCCUCAUCCAUAAGUUACAAAAGCCUGGUAUCUCAUUUCCUAUCUGGCUACAGAACAGCAGUUCACAGUGUACCAAAUUAUAAAUUGGUAUUUGCUAGUAAAAUAGCAAGCAGUCCUUAAAUCUUGCAGACCCUCCAUCUGGAUGUUUAUGCUAAACUUGAGGGACCUCAAAAUCCCUGUACUUGUAUUACUGGAAUAACACAAACAACACCCAGAACCCAGGUUAUCUUUGUGGAUUCGGUUUCAUAAACUGUGGCAUGGGCACUUCCACGCAGGCAGCAACUGAUCAGUAGUAAUUGCCAAAGUUCAAGUUCACAGCUGCCAACCCUGUGAAGGUAUUUUUUCCAGUCUCUUACCUGCUUAACACCUUCCAGACUCUUCUUUGCCUAUUUUAGUCUCAAGAAUUAGUUUCAUCUCUUCUUCCCAAAGACGAUCAAUGGUAAAGAUGCUUGAAUGUUGUAAACCUUCAAAAAGGAUAAAGCAAAAAUGUGUUCUCAGGAGAACUUCCCCAUUGAAUACGAGGACUAUCUAUUCCUGGCAUUUAGGUUUAAUACAUUUAUGAACUCUUUUUAAACUUCCAGUGGUCCUUUGCUUCACCUUUCUGAUGCCUGUAUUUCCUCAUUUUGUCCCUGCUUCCUCUAACGACCUUUUCACAUCUUCUCAUUGUUUGUCCUGCUUCUUGACACAGCUAUCCCCUAGAUCAUUGAAAAAACUCAUGGUUUAUAACCCUAGACUCUGCACCGAGUUUGCACUUGCUUCCUUCACAUUUAUGUUUAAAGAGUGCUUGCUUUCCCCCAUUUGAUUUGGGUAAGAUUCUACUCAGUUCAGACAAUUUAUGUUCCUGGGAUCCUUCCUCAUUUUAUUUUAGUGAUCUUCCCUCACUUUGUCCUUUUAUGUCUAUCCCCUGCAACUACAAGCAUUUCAUACACAUCAGAACAGCAAAACCAAUAUGCCUUUGAAAGCAGGUGUGUCUAAUAUUUCUGAAUGUUCUCUGCUCAACAACAGUAUAUCUGUAACUUAUUGCAAGUUAAAGGCUAAUGAAUGUCUCUCUCCUAGACAGACGUGUUUCCAUCCAGUCUAAGCUGUACUAAGGAAGUAACUAUGGUUGAAGAGAUGACCUAACUUUCUAAAAAGAAAACAGACUUGGAUUCUUCAACACAAAAUCACGCAUCAUGACAAUCAACAAGCAUUUAAGGUGUUCUUCACAGUACAGACUAGAAAUAAACACCUAUGAAAUUUUCCCCCAUUAAAAACAACAACAAAAAAAAUAAAAUAAAAUGGAAUAGGAAGCUUUCUAAAAUACAGGCCUUAGAUUUAGAUUCCUGCUUUUUUGUAUGUACAUGUAAAAUUCCAGAUCUUUUUCUGUUAAAUGUAUUUUUCAAAAUAAACACAUUUUACCAAAUAAGUGCUUCAAUAAGGCAGAGAACAAAUGCUUUUUUUAAAAGUCAUUUAUUGUUUGCCUCUUAUGUUCCCACACUGCAUAAUCACAUUGAAAAUUGCUGCUGCAUGACUAAGGGAAGCAAUAUACUAGAAAAAUGAACACCAAGUAGUACAUGCUGAAGUGCACAGCAUAGCUAAUUGCAGUUCCACUUACAGAACAACCCACACUUACAUUGAUUUAUUUUCCUAUUUCCUCUGGUUAAAACCAAAUUCUGUAGUGGGGGGGUAUGAGAUUUGUCAUCCCCCUGUUCAAGAACUGCUCGAGUAAUUGUCACGCUUGGUUCUUCCUCACAAAGCUAGGCCACCAUGCACUCACAGCAAGGUUAUGCAAGGUGCUUUAUCUCUACCUUUCAAGCCACUGAUGUAGAAAGUAAGCCUACGCAACCUAUUUAUACAGACAACCUCUUCCCCUGCCCCCCCCCCAAUCAAUAUAAUUACAACUGAAACAGCAGCUUGAUUGGCAAGGUCAACAUCAAAUGACCUGCUCACAUCACAAGAGAGCUACCAUUACUGAACAAGGUAAAAAAAACACCUGCAGUAGGUACAUAAAGUUUGCCAUUAGCCUGUGUACAAAGUAGCUAUGUAAUGUACUUACAUUCAUACAACGAUGUUGAAAGCAGUGCUUGUGCCAAGGAACAUCAUGUUGGAGCCAAAUAAUCAGACAAAGCCAUGUAGUAAAUUUAAAUACCUCAUCUUGAGUAGCAACCUCAGAAGGCACAAAGAAAACCUCAGCUCAGUCAGCCUUCAAUGACUCAUACAAUGACACUGUUUACUUUCAGAUACAGGGCUAGUUCUUAAGAACAUGACUGGAAGAUGAACACCUUGCCUUCCUCUACUGGUCUCCCCACAUCCUUGUAGAUUACAGAGUACAAAAGCAAGAUUAUAUACACACAUAUGAAGAUCACAAUUUAAUUCCCCAUACUGCCAUUUGAGAUAAUGUACUACCUGUUUUAAGCCUUCAGACAAUCCUUGAAAGUAGACAUUAUUCAGUUAUUAUUGAAGGCUGACCUACCUUUACCUCUAUUUUAAAGCUACACAGGAUCAUGCAUGUUCCCUGUCACAUACCCUAACAAUCGCACCUCUAAAACUGAGCUUCAUUUCAGAUUAAAUCCAUCUUCCACAUAGGUACUGACCACUGCUAGAGAUCAGGCCAAGCACAGUCUUCAGUGGCAUGAUCAGCAUUUCCAAAUAGCAGCAACAAUACAAUAGAUAGGUCACUCAAACAUUAAAGGCAUUUCACUGGGUUCCUAGGUUUUUGCAUGAAUGUCAUGUGUUGCUUUCUAUAUUAACUUAAAGAAUAUACAUAUUCCAUUUUAAGUUGUUUCCAUAUUCCAUUUUAAGUUGCUUCACCAAGGGCAAGAGCAUCACUUUUUGACUGCCCUUGGAACUUUGGGUUCUUGUAGUGCUACAA